GACAGGUUGAGUGAGUUUGGGAGGGGGUGAGGACAGGAUUGAAAUUACCUGAGAGGGAGGAGAGCAGGGAUGCUUCGUGAGACAGGAAAGAAGGCAGGGAUUACUUAGACACAGAAGAGGACAACUUGUGCCCGGGACAGAGAAAGGGGGAGGAAGAAGAGGGCUGGCAACUACCUGGAACACAAAAGAAACGCCUUACCUGAAAAAAGGAAUAACAGUGCGGUAACCUAAGCCAUUAUAAGUCAGAGGUAUUACUUUCAAAGGGAUAGAAGGGUCGCUAUAGCAGAAGGGAGAGGCCUGAGGUAUCAUUACCUUCAUCACUGGUAUGCAGAACACAUUGGAAUAUUAAGAAUAAGAGCAAAUAAAGCGCAACAAGUAUUACUUGAGUUACCAGCAACUCAGGUACAGUCUGAAACAUAGAGAAAAACUGAAAUGAACCUUCCUCUUCUCGCCUGAUCUUCUCACCUUCAUUAAUGGACAACACUCGGCAUUACGACAAUGCUCCAUGUGCACCAUAUCCAGGUUAUAACCAACCAGGCAGCUAUGGUACCAACUACCAGCCAUAUACCAUUCAGCCAAGUCCUCCUCCUCCUUCCUACGUGAUUGAAAGGCCACCUUCAAGGAAGAUGCCAUUUUCCUUCUUUUCAAACCGUGCCUCCAGAAUUUUUGCUGUCAUUGUAGUAGCCGUCACGCUCAUUGGAAUUGGUCUCAUCAUUGCAUAUAAACUUAAUGCAUUCGGGAACUCUUCUUCAUCCAGCCAACCUAGAGAGAAGUGUUUUGCCAACAAGACUCUCUGCAAUGGAAUUGCUGAGUGUUCGGAAGGAAGCGACGAGUCUGGAUGCGUGCGCUUUAGGUGGGACAACUCGCUGGUUCAAGUUAUGUCCCGGAAACAGGAGAACCUAUGGUUACCGGUGUGUUCCACAGGAGUCAACAGUAACUUCCCUUCCUAUGUGUGCAAACGUUUUGGAUUUCUAGAAGGUCCGACCACAGAGCAGGUGACCUUGAAUGACAAUCCUUCCAAUGUAGGGCUUCACACCUCGGGAACUUCUGAUACCAUACAGGGAGGUCUGGACAGUGAAACUUGUACGAGCGGACAGUAUCUAUCUGUGCGAUGCUCAGACUGUGGGCAGGAUAAGAGGAGCAGGAUUAUCGGUGGUACAGAGGCCACGUCUGGUGACUGGCCCUGGCAAAUCAGCUUGCAAGUUCGCACUUCAAGUCAAUAUGAACACAUAUGUGGAGGGACAAUUAUUAACAAUUAUUGGGUGCUGACGGCAUCUCACUGUUUCUCCACCUCAAUUCCCCUGAAUUUGAUGAGGGUAGUAUCUGGCACCAGCAAUCUGGAUCAGGCUCGCAGCACAUCGUCUAUAGCAGCCGUUAUUAGACAUGAGGAUUAUAACGAAGACACAGAUGACUUUGAUGUGGCGUUGAUUAAAUUAAGUACCCCAUUAACUUUCUCAGCUGUUAUUCAGCCGGUCUGCCUUCCAAUGGCCCAGCAGAACUUUAAACCUGGCUCCACAUGCUGGAUCAGUGGCUUUGGUAAAACUGUAGCUUCUUCGAAGGAAACAUCCACAGUGCUGAUGAACACACAGGUGAACCUUAUCAGUACUUCAGUCUGUAACAGUCCUAGUGUGUACAAUGGAGCCAUUACUCCCAGAAUGAUGUGUGCUGGUGACCUUCGGGGAGGAAAGGAUUCAUGCCAGGGAGACAGUGGAGGACCACUGGUGUGUCUUGACAAUAAUCGCUGGUACUUGGCAGGAGUGACGAGCUGGGGCACUGGUUGUGGACAGCCAAAUAAACCUGGAGUGUAUACAUAUGUCCCUCAGAUCCUGUCAUGGGUAUACACCAAAAUGGAGAUGGGGAGAAAUCUGUGACCUUACAUGUAGCGUGGAGGAAGAGGAGGACACACUUGCACUGUGACAUAACAGACUAUACGUCAUCAAAGGGAGAUAUUGCGGGGAGAGGGGUAUUUAUAAAAGAUGGACCGAUAGCAACAUUCAGCAGAAUCAUGGCACAAUACUUUCUUACUCAAAAUGCCAUAGCAGCAAUACAAUAAGAAAUAUCCAAGAGCGGACAGCUCUCUAAGGAAAGUGGCCUUCAAAGCUUCAAGCCGAGCGCUAGGUAUAUAAAGGACGUUUUAUGGUGGGCAUAAUGAAGACAGUAUAAGAUCGGAAAUUGGUUAUAUGAUGUAACAAGGAACGAAAGUUAUUGAAGUUUACUCCAGUCAUAUAUCAUCAUUAAUAUUAUUCUGUGGUAUCAUAAUGUCCUAAAUUAAAUCGCUUUUUUCUAGGUUUUGUAGAUAGUUUAAUAAAUCUCAUGUUUCUAUUUCCACUUUAUAUUCAUUGCAAAUGCGUAUUAAAUGGGCUGUCAGAUUUAGAUCCUACUGGCAUAUAUUGAAUUCGGGAAUUUUGAAAAUGGAGAACAGCUGCAGAGAACAUCUCUCACUCUGGAGGACCCAACAUGUUUCUGCAUUACAUAGACAGUGGGUUGAUUUCAAUAAGGAGUGUGUAAUACUUCAUCUCCCCUGCGGUGGUGCUGCAGGGAAAUUGAACACUUAUUGUCAGGUUCUUCACUUCUGAUCAUUCGAUUCCUGCAGCAGGACACCAUAUGAGCACCUUAAUAAAAAGGUGAUAUGAAGUUUGGCUACAAAGUUUUGAGGAAGAAGUGGUUUGGAGAUCUGAAACAAGGUCUAGUGUGGUACACAGGCAAAGUUUUCUAAGGUUGUCUGGCAUUGCGUCGUUUUAAUGCAUCAUAGUUUUCAGUCCUAGUGGCCUGUGGCCUAUGAGAGUAAAUAGGCUCCCAUGUCCUGCCAUAAACUGCUGCUCCCUCAGAGACAGCUUAGCCAUUGCCUGAGGCGCCUCAUGGCACAUGCGGCCCAGGUCCGGCACAUAGAAGAAUGGGGUUGAAAGUGGUCUGGUACCAAGGUAAGUUGGAAAGGAAUGAUCCAGCAUCUCCUCAGUAGUGGAUAGUACAUCACAGGGAAGGAAAUAAUUGCUAUAAUAAAAAGUAAUCUUCUAAACAUACAACAAAGGCUGCAGCAUAUUGCCAUAUUAUGUGCAGGUUACUGUACCUUUAGUCUGCAUACUGUAUAUUAUUAAUACGUGCAAUUAAAUUUAUUAUGUUUUGUAAAACCUGUAAUAAAUGUAUUUUCAUAAAUGCUUUGACAGUGCAGUUUGCAUACUGAUUUAUAAUAUGACAUAAUGCUGUGUGUAGUAUUCUAUAAAAGUGAUGGGUUCAUAACAUAUGGUGUACAAUUACAAAAACAGCAGUAAUAAAGGGAUUUCCACUGUUA